AUGACUGACCAAGGCAUUCAUCCAAGCAAGUACAGAGAACUGCGAAGUACCUAUAAAUACCACAUCGAUACAUUUAUUGCAUUGUAUCAGUUAAAAACCAGAAAUGACGAAGAUUUGAACUCGAUUUACAAAAUGAUCAAAACAGAAUUGAUUGAAUCAAAGAGAUUUCUCCCAAAAAAUGUUAUCGGUAAUGUUUUGGAUAUCAUUACAUAUAACAACCGUGAGACAAAGUCAUACUUGAAACUUGCGAAAUUCAUCUCUGAUGACUAUCAUGUAACCAGGGUACCUAAUAUUGCAGAUGUUUCUAAAUACCUGUUUUACAAAGAAUAUGGAAUUCAAUUAGAUAAUUUUGACGUUUACGAUGAAAAGAACUUCGAAAACCUCGACAUACAUUCAGAAAACACAAUUUACAGAGCAAUUAUGGAUAAUGACUUAGAAAAAUUCAUUUCAUUCACAGAGAGAGAUGAAUUUGAUAAAAAUCAAACACUUGAUAGCAAAUUAUAUCCAUAUUCUGGAAAAGGAUUUUCAUUACUUGAAUUAUGUUGUUACCAUGGAGCAGUUGAUUGUUUCAAGUUAUUAAGAACAAAAUUUAACUCAGAAAUAACUCAAAGAUGCCUUCAAUUAUCAUUUUUAGGAAGAAAUCAAGAGAUCAUGAGUGAAUGUUUGAAAUAUCAGACACCAGAUGAUGAUUGCAUGAAAUAUGCAAUUAUUUCACACAACAUUGAUUUUGUUACAUUCUUGAUGAAUGAGUACAAAUUAGGAAUCGAUUUAAAAAUAUGCGGAAAUUACAAUAAUCUUGACUCAUUUUUAGUUUAUUUUGAUCAAACUAAUGAUUUUAACAAAUGUUUUGCUUAUUCAGCGAUGUUUAGUAUUCCAUCCCUUUGUGAAUACUUCGUUUCACUCGGCGCAAAUGCCAAUGAAAAGAAUGAAAAUGAAGAAACUGCUCUCCAUUAUGCAGCAAAAAGCAAUAAUAAAGAAACAGCUGAUCUUCUUAUUUCCCACGGUGCAAAGAUCAAUGAACAGAAUGAAUUUGGGGAUACUCCAUUUCAUUCUGCAGCAAAAAGUAAUAGUAAUGAAAUAGCCGAAGUUCUUAUUUCACAUGGUGCUAAUAUCAAUAGAACGAAUAGAUAUAGGCAAUUCCCUCUUAUUAAUGCAGCUGAUAAAAAUAGUAAAGAAACCGCCAAAGUUCUUAUUUCACACGGUGCAAAUAUCAACGAAAAGAAUGAAAGUGGAGAGACUCCUCUUUAUAUUGCAGCUGGGGGAAAUUGUAAAGAAUUAGUCGAAAUUCUUAUUUCGCAUGGUGCAAAUAUCAAUGAAAAAAAAUAA